AUGGCUGGUGGUGAAGGUUCGAUACCGCCACCGGUUGCAGCAAGGGAUCCGGCUUCUACAAGCUUACAAUGUCCGAUGUUGACUUCAACUAAUUACAACAUCUGGGCAAUUAGGAUCAAGGCGGUUUUUCGAGUUCAUGGAAUAUUGCAAGCUUUAGAACCAGGUGAACAAGAGGUAGAAGCCAAAAAAGAUGACAUGGCGGUAGCACUACUUCUUCAAGCAAUACCCGAAGAGCUCGUGUUUCAGGUGGCUCAGUUUCAGAAAGCAAAAGAAAUCUGGGAAGCAUUGAAGACACGGUAUGUUGGGGUUGAACGGGUUCGAGAGGCAAAGAUUGAGCAACUGGAAAAUGAGUUCGAAUCCUUGACGAUGAAAGAAACAGAGACAAUUGAUUCUUUCGCGGGCAGAAUAAGUCAGUGGGUUACCAAGGCAGCCAGUUUGGGAACCACCUACGAAGACAAAAAGCUAACCAGAAAGUUAUUAGGCUCCGUUCCAGCAAAAUAUGUUCCAAUUGUCGCAUCAAUUGAGCAGUUCGCAGAUUUGAAAGCCAUGACGUUUCAGGAAGCUAUAGGGAGGCUAAAGACUUUUGAAGACAGAAUUAAAAAUAUUGAAUUUGCAGGCGAAAAUCAAAGCAAAUUGAUGUUCGCUGGUGGUGAAAGUUCCUCUAGUCACAAAUCCUAUAAUAACUCAGGGGGGCGUGGGCGAGGAGGUUCUAAUAAUAGGAGUCGGGGUCGUGGACGUGGUUUGGGUCAAGGGCGAGAUACGAGUCAGAACCGAGAUAAUGGGCAGAACCGUGGUGCAAAGGGCUCAGGUCAAAAAGAAUACUGA